AUGGAGAGUUCCGGGGAAUGCACCAGCCCGUAUACAGACGCCAGUCCAAGCUUCAUGGCGAUGUUGCAGGAAGUGGAACCUCGGGUCGCGCGGCGACGUCUCUCUCAGGCUCGACACCGGGCAAAGCUGGCGGGUCUCUUCAACCACCUGCGAGACACCGUAUAUGCACAAAGUGCUGGAGUAACUCAGCGGUGGCAGGUGUUACGAAAGGCAAAGAACUACAUCAUGGAUUUGGAAAGAAAGCUUGAAAAUCUACUGAUACUCAAAGAAAAGUACCAUUUGAAAGAUGAUCAGCCGUUGAGCCUGGAAGAAGUGAAAGAAGAAUAUAUCGGCUAUUACAAGGACCACAGCAUCUUCAGCAGUUGUUCUUGCCUUCACAGUGACACGGCUUCUAAUGCUCUCCCUGCCAAGACAAAAGUCACCCUUUGGCAGUGGUUGCGGGAUUAUCGAGGACAUCCCACAGAGAAUGACGUGAAAUCGGUCUGUUCCCAGUCUCCAGUGAAAUCCUCGACGGAACUCCUAGAGUUUGAAGGAUACCUGAAUUUUUAUAAAGAAACAGUGGACCUUUUGGUGGAGAACAGGAUUGUGUCCAUGGAACAGAUCACUCUCCCCGUUGUGUCGAAAGCUAUCUCCCACCUCUGGCAACAAAUGUCCAUGGAGGGGAAGGCGGCAAUCUUCAAAAAGUGCUCUCAGCGAGUGUGCUUCUCCCCAAGCGAGCAACUCACCUUGCAGAUACCUUUACAGAUCGACCACGCUGCCAGAGACCGCAUCUUAGACAGCCAGGGAGCAAGUGCGUCUUCAGAAUCCAAUCAGGACGAGGUUAGACUUCUUAAACAAACCAGUUUUCACAUCGAGAAAGUCUUGAUUCAUUUAGAGAACUUUUUACUCUUUAUGCUUUUCGAAGACGCGUUUGAUUUGGCCUCAGGGUUCCUCGUGAAACCAGAGCUGGAUACACUGACAGAAAUAAAGGAAGAAAGCAGGUAUCAAACUCAUAAAACAGUGUUGGCCGCAGAGUGUAGCAGUGCUGACGACUGUCUUUGUUUUCCCUUCGAUUGGAUCACAAGCCCCGUCUUCACUCACAGCUCCUGUGAAAACCCAGAGGAGACCUGCCUGCUGUACAAACAGAUCGUUAACUUUGUGCUGGCUCGCUCCGGCUCCAUCGCACUCCACUCACAGCAAAGUUCUCCAAACCUUGAUGACGAGACGGUCCUCCUGAGAUGCACAGAGACUUUCGACGAUGAUCUUUAACUAACGGAACUUCUGCUGAAGAAAUCCGAGAUGUCCCCAGCGUUGGGAGGAGCAGGUGAUGUUCACAGCCAUCGUCGCCCAAUAUCUAUCUCCACGUUCCACGUGAUCUUGGACCUCGUUUACUGAGAAGCAAACAGCAGACACGGAAACAUGUUAUAUUUAAAAUGUGGCCAAUUCAUCUGAAAGAGUGAAUUGAAUUCUAUCCUCUCCGCGGAUUACAUGUUUUCACUGGGAUUUUUUCAGCUCAAUGAAACAGUCUAAUGUUAGUAUCAGCAUGGGUUAACAGCACCACUGGUUACAGUAUAUUGUAUACAUGAACUUUUUUAACUUAAGAGGUUUAGCAAAUAUUUUUCUGUGCUGUGGUUAUUCCAUAUGUUGUAAAUAUAAUAGCCAUAGAUUAAACAAAUUCAUAACAAGUAUUAUGUGUAAUUAUUAUCUACAUCAAGCAGGAGAGUAACCUGGUGAUAUAACUGAGGGCAUGCUCAGUGUAUAAACAAGGAACUGCACAUGCUUGUGUUCAAGAAGGAACUGCAGAUGCUGGAAAAUCGAAGGUACACAAAAAGUCAGUGGAUAUUUUUAAGGCAGAGAUAGACGAAUUCUUGAUUAGAACGGUUGUCAAGGGUUAGAAACAUAGAAACAUAGAAAAUAGGUGCAGGAGUAGGCCAUUCAGCCCUUCGGGCCAGCACCGCCAUUCAAUAUGAUCAUGGCUGAUCAUCCACAACCUGUACCACGUUCCUGCUUUCUCCCCAUAUCCCUUGAUCCUAAGAGCUGUAACUAACUCUCUCUUGAAUGCAUCCAGUGAAUUGGCCUCCACAGCCUUCUGUGGCAGAGAAUUCCAUAGUUUUCUCUGGGUGCUCCAGUUUGCUCCCACACAACAAAGACUCGCAGCUUAGAAAAUGUAGUCUACAUUUGCAACACCUGCACCUCUCUCUCUCUCUCUUACAAUCCCUGCUCCCCUCUACACUUUCAUCUUCCUGAAGUUUUUUUCACGAGACUAUGUGAAGAAGUCAAUGGGUGGCAGAACGUACAAAGCCCAGUCGGAGGUCCUCAUAGCAGUUCCCUGUCCUCAAAAGAAUGGAUAUUGCCACUAAACCUUUGAAGCAAGGUGCACCAUUUUGAUCCUUGGCUAUUCCUUGGGCCGGAGUCACAGUGGAACAGCAGUAGAGCUGGUCGGUGUAGGCUGGGUGGGCCGAAGGGCCUGUUU